AUUUCCACAAAGAUUGAAAAAGGGUCCCUCACCAGUCUCUUGCCUAAACCUCCAAAGCAUGAAGCUCCUCUCACCAUUGAGUUCCCAAAUUUGGACAAGACCUCUGCAGAAUGGCUAAAGGUCAAUGGUCUAAAAGCCAAGAAGUUAAGCCUCUAUCAGGUGCUGGCACCCAGUGCAUUCUCUCCCGUGGAGGAAUUUGUGCCUAUUCUCCAGAAAACGGUGUCAUCCACCAUCCAUGAGAAGGUGAUGGUACAGUUGGAAUGGCAUGACGGGACAGUGAAGAAUAUUCAUGUGGACCGGCCUGUCCUAUAUGAGUACCAGAAACAGCUCAGCAGAGCUAUGUGGAUGUAUGAGAGGCGGAUCGAGUGGCUCUCUCUGGCCAGCAGAAGAAUCUGGGGCACCGUCUGUGAAAAAAGGGUGGUUAUACUGCUCGAUGUCUCUGUGACCAAUUCCAUGUACAUUAUUCAUAUCCAGCACUCGCUGCGCCUGCUGCUGGAGGAGCAGCUGUCCAACAAGGACUACUUCAACCUCAUCGCGUUUGGAAGCACCAUCGAAAGCUGGAGGCCUGAGAUGGUUCCCGUGAGCCACGACAAUUUACAGAGCGCCUGGCGGUGGGCCCUGAGCCUGAGGUGUCAGGGUGGAAGGAACGUCCUUGGUGCCCUGCGGAAGGCCGUAGAAGUGGACUUCAUGGACAAAGACAAACACCAGUCACAGGGCAUCUACCUCUUCGUGGGGGGCAUCCCCGACCAGGACAUGCCCACGCUCAGCGCCUACAUGGCCGAGGCCUGCAGGGGCUGCGACCUCCAGCUGAACGUGUGUCUCUUCUACGUGGGCGAGCCUCAGAUGGACACCACACCCCCCGCCUGCUACGCCAGCCGCACGGACACGGCCACCGCCUACAGGGAGGCCACCCGGGCUACUGGUGGCCGCUUCCACUGGUUUGGAGACACAGGCAUCUGUGACAGUGAUGACAUCAACUCCAUCAUGUCAGAGAUGGAAAAGGCUCUCGACUACUCGCAAAAGUGUGCCUUACUGGUGGCCUCCCUGAAGAAGCAGUCGGGAAAAGAACUGGAAAGUGCUGCCCUCCCGAGAGAAAAGCCGAAGAUGCCCAAGAAGAGAAGUCAGCCCGAGAAACUCCGUCCUCCCAAGUCCACAGCCCCUUCGAUGGCCAGAACGAACAUUAAAGAUGACCCUGACAGAGAGAAGAGCCCUUGCUUGAAAACUGUGAAAUGGUGUCCACUCGGUGGCAGAGCAGGUGUCUCACCAGCUGCAGUCCAGCUAGUGAAGGAGGGGACGAAGGAACGGAGGAGGAAGACCAAGUCGAGGGAAGGGGAGACAUCUCUCUUGCUGUUCUAUACGGAGACAGGGGACAACGUGGGCUCGGUGUACAGGAGGUACCCUCAAAGAGGGGGUAUAAGAAGAACCAGCUCUUCUGUUGAGUUGCCCAGAAAGGACACAGUUUGCUCCAGCGAGGAGUGGAUAGCAAAUUAUGGGCUAAGGAAACUGAAGAUGGAGAUCUCCCGAUGCAUCGGUCCCAACUGUGCGCAUCAAAAGUUGGCACAGAGGUCGACGCCAGGCAAACACUGCAGCCUCUUCCCCAGCAUAGAGGUCAAUGGCGUGACAAGACACGUGCGGUGGACGCUGAGGGAAAUUGACGUGUACAUCAGCUGCCUGGAGAAGGUGAUCCGGCGCUACAUCCAGAGGCUGCAGUGGCUGCUGUCCGGGAGCCGCCAACUCUUUGGUGCCAUUUUGGAGCGAAAAGUGUGCAUCCUGCUGGACACGUCAGGGUCCGUGGGCCCCUACCUGCAGCAGGUGAAGAUGGGGCUGGUUCUGCUGAUUUGGGAACAGCUGCGCAAGCACUGUGACAGUUUUAACCUGCUCAGCUUUGCAGACGGUCUACAGCCAUGGCAGGACACUCUGGUGGAAACCACAGAUGAAGCGUGUCACGAGGCUAUGCGAUGGGUAACCCACCUGCAAGCUCAGGGGAGCACCUCAGUCUUGCAGGCAUUACUGAAAGCUUUCAGUUUUCAGGAUCUGGAAGGAUUGUACCUCCUGACCGACGGGAAGCCAGACACAAGCUGCAGCCUUGUUCUAAAUGAAGUCAGAAGACUCAAGGAGAAAAGAGACAUGAAAAUCCACACUGUUUCCUUGAACCACUCAGACAGAGCAGCUGCUGAGUUCCUGAGAAAGCUGGCUUCCUUCACCGGGGGGCGCUAUCACUGCCCUGUUGAUGAGGACACGCUCUGCACAAUCCACGGCCUGCUGACCAAAGGCUUCGUUGAUGAAGGGGAUCCCACGUUGCCGGUAUUUGAAGGAGAUGAUUUAAGGAGACUAGCCCAGGAGAUCACCAAGGCCAGAAGCUUCCUCUGGCGGGCCCAGUCCUUCAGAUCCCAACUCCUGAAGAAAAAUGACAUGGAGCCAAACAUCACUCAUUUUUAGAGAAGCAUUCUCAGCCCAAGAUUGUCACUCACUGGGAAGUCCUACCCCGAGCCCCCUGCCUGGAAGGUGGUGCUUGCCGCCCUCUGCCUGUGACUCCUGCUUGUCCAUCAAGGCACAGCUCCAGUGACAUCAACUCCACUGUGGAGGUGUCUCUGUGACCCACCUAGAGCUGGACACCUCUGGUCUCCUCUCACGGUGUCCUGACCAACCAUCCCUCUUAUUGCACUUAACAUUCCAUGUCAUAGUUCCUUGCUCGCUUCCCUAACUCUUCCAUGGGGCUGGUGUCCUAACCAUCUGUGGGUCCCCAGAACUUGCCACUUGGCUGACAAGUCAUAAACAGCGAGCCUCGCGCUGAGUCGUGGGAGCCCAUCUCUGGAACCAGCCGGCUGGGGUGGUCUCUACCUGGUCCUCCUGUGCUUUCCACCACCCUGGUCCCUGGGGGCCAAUGCAGAUUCACGUCAGCCCAUUUUGGAGGAUGAAGAAACAUAUGAGCUUCCUGCCACCCCCCGCCCCUGCUCAACCAAACAGAACGGAGGCUGCUCUGGAACCCAGGCCAGCACAAGGGCUCUGCUCAAGCAUGUGGAAAUUGGGUGGGGUCUUCAGGGCCCAGCCCUACUGCGAACAUAUAAAGUAGAUGUGUCAUGUAUUAUGUCAUCUGGGGUCGUGUUCUAAAAUUUCAAAAAAUCACUUUUAUUUCAUUAAUAAGAUCAAAAUGACUUUAACUGUUUGAUCA